AUGAAUCACAUGCCGCGACUCAUCGUCAUGGGCCGCGGUGGCGGCCGAGGGCUGACCACUGCAGAGGACAGCAGGUGGAGCGCGAUGCUCAAAAUCCUUCAACAGCCAAACCAAGCACAACACACGGCGUGCCUGGCGGAUUUGCAGGAGUGGCUGUCCUACGCGACGGAGGCGUCCAUCGGGCACUUCCCCCUCGAGGUGUUUGUCGCGGCGCUCUUCGAUCUGCUCGAAGGGAAGCCCGCGGCCUCGCCGUUUCCGCGCGCCUCGGCUGCCGAAGCGCGCGGCGUCUCGUCGUUCUCCUCCUCCGCCUCCUCCUCAACCGCUGCCGCGGUUGAGCCGCCAUCUGAUCGACGGCCCGGGGCGCGGCAGAGCUCUGCGAGACGCGAGGAGGUGUCGGCGCGUAGCCAGGAGGCUGGAGAAGGCGCUGCUCCUGAGGGGGGGGGUAAGGCGGCAGCGGCGGACCCCUGCAGCACGCCGCGAGACGAGAGCAAGCAGGCAGUCGCGGGAGAGACAGAGACAGCCGCCGCAGGUGGCGCCGGGGGCUCCGGUGAGAAAAAGAGCGGACGAAGGGGGCGAUCCUCCUCGCGGCCCCCGAGCGAGCACAAGACGCCGACAGAGGAGGCGGCGGCGGCGGCAGGGAAGCCGUCGGGAAGCGUAGCCUCACCGCGGGCGGAAGACGAGGAUCGCCGGUCUUCGUCUUCGUCUCCUUCUCGCCAGCGAUCGGCCGCGGGGGGAGAAGAGCCUCGCGAGGGGAACGAAGGCACGGGUCUGAUGGACGAAGGCACGCGCGCCUUGUCGCAUACCGUCCUCGUCUUCGCUUGCGUCGUCCUCGAGCUCCUCGUCCUCGGGGGAGGCUCAGGAGGCGAGGGCAACGGCGGGCAAGGCGAAGGACGCGCGCGAUCAUCUUCGAAUUUGGCCUUCGACUUCGGAAGCGUGGCCCUUCGCUUUGGCUUUGAGCGCAGCCGAGACGCAGCGGGUUUUUUGCUGGGAGACGACGACGACGACACGUUUGCACUUGGCAGAAUGCGAGAUGAUGACGAGGAGCUGCUGCUGCUUCAACAGCAGGCCCUUCUUCUCGGCGACGACGAGGACGGCGACGGCAUGGUUCAGAAGAUGCUUCUCGUCGCGAACUGCCUCUUCCUCCUCCUCGAUCUCCUCCCCGUGCAAGGUGCCGCGGCGAUCGCCCGACAACCGCGGUAUCUCCGCAUCUUAAACAGCAAGCUCACAAGCAUCGAAUACAUCGACCUGGCGGAGAAGAUUUUGCAGUGCAUGGACAAGCUGUCGGAGGAGCAGCCGCUCAGCGUGUUUCUGUCGGGGGGGCUCCAGGCCUCCCUGUCGUUUCUUGAUUUUUUCUCGCUGGACGUGCAACGGCGGACAAUGAAGGCGGCUGUGCGGCUCUUCAAAACCGCGCAGACGUGGAGCACCUCUCCGUGUCCACUGUCGCGCGCCAGCAGCUCGCGGAGUCUCUCGCUGCGCGGCGGCGACGGCGGAGCGCGCGCCGAGGAGGAGGCGCAGGAGCCCGACGCGUUCCCCCGGGCUUCCCCGCGAGCCGAGCGAAGGGGCUUGUGGCGACGAAGUGGUGGGGCUGACGAGGGACGGGGCGGGGGGCAGGAAGGUGGCGCCCAGACGAAGGGCCUCGCGCCGCAGAUGGAGAAGAGCCUCGAGCAACAGAAGGAAGAGCUGAAGAGUCUCGUCUCUCCAGUGCUUCCCGCGCUCUCGGCGCUGUUGACCUACGAGGAUGAGACUCUCGUUUCGUGUGCCUGUCAGUGCUGGCGCAGCUACAUCGACUCUCUGGUCUCCCUGCACCUCCGGACCGCCUCGGCGUCGCCGCCGCCGGCCUCGCUGCCUGUCUCUCCGCUUCCCUCUUCGCCGCGCUCGGCGUCGCCAGAGCACGAGGGAGCGUCCGCCGACGGUCAUGGCUCUUCUGCGGCGGCGGCGAGUGAGCCUGCGGCCGCCAGCGUGGACUCGUUGACUGCGUUGCAGCAUCUCUGCCGUCGCUUUGGCGCGCAGGGGGUCGGUCGGGACUUCGUGGGGCUUUCCUUCGCCGCGCUGUCGCCGGCGCUCGAGGCGCCGAGCGGCGUCGCUGUUCCGUCGCGCUGUGCAGCGCAGGAAGACGAAGAGGAGGAAGACGAAUGCCGCCGGUGGAUCGAGGAGGCCGGCAAGAAGUACCGUGCCGCGCUGACGGAGCUCCCGAAGGAGCUGAACGCCAUCGCCUCGUCUUCGCUCGUGCCGAACCUCCUCGCCCUCAUCGCUCGGCACGUCGACCUCGCAGUGGUUGCUGCGCGCGCGGCGUCUUCGCAGACGAAGGACGGAGAAGAAGACAGAGAGAGCGGAGAGGAAAAUGAGGAGGAAGGCAUGGCCUCGCUGCAGCAAAACGCAUGCGUCACCGACGCGGCCUAUUCCCUGGCCGUGCUCGCCAAUUUCAGCACCAAUCUCGCUGAAGAGCUCCUCAGAGACCCUCGGUGGAAGAGCGUCGAGCGCGUUAUGCACGCAACGGGCGAAGGGCCGGAUUUCAUGUUGCUCCUGCGGUUCGUGUGCCUCGGAGUCUCGCUGCUUCCCGCGGUCGUCUUCAACUUGCCUCUCUUCUUCCACACCCUGCGUCUGGACAGCGGGGCCAGCGCGUCGCCCAGGAAGAAGAAGAAACGUGCGUCCCCGCCCGCGUUUGCUGCUGAGAAGGUGCCGCGCAGCAGGGACCGGCGCGGCAGGCGCAAGGCCGAGCGGCUUUCGGAUGGAGACUGCGACCUGCUCAUGCAUGCGGAAGACAGCCUCGAAGGGAAUGAGCAGGCAAACUCGCGGCAGCGACGCCCGCCAGACGUGCCGAGAAAGCUCGCCAGAGUCCUGGUUCCCGACGCGGAGCGAAGCCGCCUCUUUGUCAAGGAACCGGAGCUCUUUGGAACGCUCAUCAAGACGUUUGUAGGCCCUCUACUGCGGCUGUAUGACCGCGCCCUUUCUUCGGAGUUGCUCUUGGAGACUCUACAAUUCCUCCUGGGCUGCGUGAUGACGGCGAGCGUGGCUGAGGAGGCAGAGGACUCAGGCGGCCUCGCGCUCGCUGGCAGCGAGGAGAGGGAGUCGACGGUGGACGCAAGGGGGGACGUGCGGGAGACCGCAGGGACGCUGCAGGCCCCGGCAGCCAAGAGCCUGAGAGAGGAGCUCCUCGCUCAGCUCGACAGCGUGCAAGUCGCGGAGUUCCUUGCCUACAUCCUGCAGACGAAGCCGUCCGCGACGGCGGUGAUGGCAGCACUGAGUGUGACUCUGGAGCUUCUUUCGCUUGCGCCGCACGUCUUUUUGCCGGUUUUUUUCAAAGAGGGCGUCAUCGCCUUCGUUCGCGGCGGCCUCGAUGCGGCGAUAGACGACGGCGCCUUCGCGUCGAUUUCUGCCUCGUCGCUGUGCCCCUCUUCCGUGUCGCUUCCGCUCUCCGCGCUCUCCUCAGCGGCGUCGUCGCGCCAGUCGUCGCCGCAUGCGGGGAAGAAACACGCUGCUUCUCGUCUGUCUUCGGCGUUGGCGACGCCGCAUUUGCCUCUGUCUGCGCCUGAGGACGAAGUCACUGGGCGUCGGGCUCCAUCGAGGUGGAGAGCCUCGAUGGAGCGUCAAGCGAGCAGCGACGAGGAGACGGAGACGUGCGCCCUCCCGCUUCGCUGGUGCUUCGCCUUUUCGUCCUCGGGACACGUGGCUGUCAACCUCUCUCGGCUUUCGCUCUGGCUGAGUGCAACCAUUCUUCUCCUUCCAGCAGUGCAGGCGACGCACAGGUGUCUGUCGUCUUCCGCAGCGGUGCACCCGCUCUGCAGCGCGGGAGACGCCCACGGGAAGGACGAAGGCGCUGCGGACGAAACGGGAGCGGGCGACCCCCGCGGGCUCGCCCCACUCUCCUCGGCGAUCCGCGCCUCCGAUGUCCUGCCGCGGCUCCAGCAAGUGACGGCGCUGCUGUCUCUUUCGGAGUCCGCCGCGCACCGGGGUCCCGAGGCGGAGACUCAGGGCGAGGCCGGGGGCUGUCGUCCCUGUCUCGAUGAAGAGGAGGAGGCGGCGGCGCCCGCGGGGUUGGAGAGUCGCGCGGAAGGAGCCGCGGUCGAGACGCGGGGUCACGCACGAGCUUGGAAAGCCUUUGUUUCUCUGCGAGAGCUUCUCGAAGGUGACGAACAGGUCUCCGCCUUCGAGUUCAUCGUCUCCGACGUCGCGGCGGCGCUGGCGGAGUUCCUCGGCGGGCUCGACGUCGCCUCGACAGACGCCUCAGACGGGGAGCACGGGGACGCGCAGGUUCAGAGGCGGGCCUCCGGGGCCUCGUUUUCCUCUGAAGCUGACAGAGAGGAGACCAGGGCAUUGACGUGUGAGAAUGCUCGCGAAGGGCGUGCGGUGGAGGAGGCCCCCGAAAAAGGGGAAAAGAACGCACAGAGGGCAGCCGCUAGAAGGGGCGGUGCCUGCUCUUUUUUUCCUGCCUGCGUGCAGAAAUCCGCGGGGAAAACGAACGCGGGCACAAAAGCCGCAAAGAGAACGCAGCUCCUUCACGAGCGCCUCUGUCUCUUUCUUCGCGCCUUUGCGUUCUCCUCCGCUCUCCCACUACCAGAAGCCUUGGAAGAUCUUUCGUCUUCCGCGGGCUCGCUGUCCUCGGCGGCGCCCGCGGCGUCUCCUUGGGAAGACCUCGAUUGGUCUCAGGCGGACGGCGCUCUGCUGUUGCAGCUGGCGUCGCUGUGUAUGAAGAGUUUGGGCCGCGCCGGCGAGGCCUCUCUGUCGGUGCAGACUGUCUUCUCUGCGAGCGACAAACACGUUAUGGGAUCUGCUGCCUCCUAUCUCCCUCCUCACCUCCGACCGGCGACCCCGGCGGGGUUCGUCUCCGCGCCAGGCCGCUCUUCCGCGAAGCGCGUGUCUCCUCGCCUUCAGUCGCUCGCCUCGACGCGCCCCUUCCUGUUCACAGGAAAGAAAGGGGCUGCGCCAGGGCCGCAUGCCGAAGGCGAGGAGACACGCGCUUCGCGGAAGAGCGGCCUGGCGCUUGCGCCGCAGAACGCGUCUCGCGGGCCUUCCUCCUCCUCUUCGGCCGAGGCUGCGGCGGUUGACGCGCUCGCCUCAGGCGGAUGCAGCGGGGAGGGCGAGCGCGGGGAGAGGGGUCCGGCAGCUCGCCGCUUGCCGCGGUCCUACGGGGUGCCUGCGGCGUACGUCUCCUUCUUUGUGUCAGCCAGCCGAGAGCAGCAAGACAUAAGUGGAGCUAGUUCUCUCGUUUCGCCUUCGAGGCGCGAUGGCGCGAGUCAGGAGAGCGGAGAAGGCGGCUCGCCGAAGACGGGGAAACGCGCUGCAGAAAGCAGUCUCCGCGCGCGCGCGACCGGUGCGGCGGCCUUCUUCCCCUCGGCGCGUGCGGCUACGCCAGAGACGCCUGAGGACUUGCUGACGCUCUUUGGCUCUCUUCAUCGAGAAGUCUUCGUGCGGCUGUCGCCCUCCGCGCAGGAGCGGCGGAAGGCCUUGCUGCAUGCGCAGAGGCGGCGCGCGCGCUCCGCGGGCGAGAGCCGCGGUGCGGAGAAGAAGAAAAAGCGAGGCACAGCAACCGAAAAAGAGAAUCAACGCGGAGAGGGCGCCGCGGAGAAGGCACGCGCUGCAGAUAGGGUGGAAGCAAGCAGGAAGGACAGGCGAGCGGAGAAGGAAGAAGAGAGCAUGACGGCGUGCAGCGGCGGCAGCACCAACUCGAAGCGGAGAAGAGCUCAAAAAGAGAGGAAGGAGACGGAAGCAAACGAUUUGACAAGGAGGAAAGAAGCCAGUAGGGCGCGCAGCGAAGCUGGGAGGAGGAGGGGAAAAGACGGGGAAAAGAAGACGAAGAAGGGCGCGAAGGACGAGAUUGCAGAAGGAGGUCAAACGGCAGAUGACCAGAAAACUUCGGUCGAUUCUCAAAGGCCCUCUCUGCAAGCGGAGGAUGAAGACAGAAGAAGAGAACGAGAGGGAGAGAGACGAAGCAGAGCAGGCUCGCGGAAUCGAAUCCGGGAGGAUGGAAGGGAGACUGCGAGCGACUCCGCGUUUGUCGCCUCCGCGCUUCAACAGGAUCUGCUGCCGGUGUCUCGUUCCUCGUCUCGAGACGAGAGGCCGGGCGCAAGCAGCGUCUCCGCGUCCACGUCGGACCUGCUUUCCCUCCUGGUUCGCACCGCCGCGGAUGACGAGGAUGAUGACGAUGACGAGGACGAUGAGGACUUUUCGGCAGAAGGCGAAUUUCUUCUUCUCUCUCGCUAUGCGCGGGCAGCCCUGGACGCCCGUCGCUUUCCACAAGGCACGACAUUCUCGGCGGACGCUCGAGCUGCGUCGACUUCUGCGCAUCCCGCUCGCGCGGCCUCUCACAGCGCCUCUCCUUCUCGCUCAGCGCGUCGCUCAGGUGCUGUCGCAUCUUCUCUGUCUUCCUCUCUGCGCUCAUCGGCGUUGCCUGCCCCUCCGUCGUCGUUUCCGCAUCACGUACUGUUUCCGAUGAUUGAUCGGCUGAGUGCGUCGCUCGUUCGAGAGUCCAGCUCGGUCGCCAGCGGGGUGGGCGCGAGGGCGGGGGCGGAGGCGGACCCCGGCGAGCAGUCGAGCGGAGAAGGCGAGUCGCGGGCGUGCAACGUCCUGCAUGCGUCUCUCGUCUCUUCGCUGGCGUCCUCGUGGUAUCCACGCGCGGGCGGUGCCGCACGGAAGAGCAAUGGCCUUGCCAGUAGCAGCGGGAGGCGCGGCGGGGAGAAAGACUCGCGCGAGGCUUUGCCUGAGUUCAACUGCAUGCUGGGUGGACAGGCCGCCGUCAGUCGGUUGGAGGCGAAUGUGCAGAGGGAGGUCGCGAGCCAGCAGGCCGCUGCUUGUGCUGCUGCGCAGCGCCCAACGAACGCCCGCGUCUCGCCCCCCGGCUCCGCUAGAGAUCGGCGCGUCUCCCUGCUGGGGCGGCCGGCGGCGCCUCCGACGGGCGCGGCCUCGGCGCCCGGCGACGAUGGCCCGGCGGAGGAUGAACACGAAGGUGGAAGACGAUCGAACGAGACGCAGCCGGAGGCGAAGACAGGCGAGACGCAGGCAGACCGCGAGGAGGCGGAGGAGGAGGCAGAACAACAGGAAGAAGGCGAAGAAAAGGGCGACGCCAGGCGGACAGGGAAGCGGAGGCGAGGCGUCUUUCAGAGCGGAGGGGUAACACGCGUGAGGGAACCCAAGGCGGGCGCUGCGGCUGGAGGCGGAGACACGAAGACGGCGGCCGGCGGACGACCUGACGCUGCGGCGGCCGCUGAGGAAGAGGAAAAGAAGGAAAACGUGAGCAGAAGCGGGCGCCGUGGACACCAGCCAGCAGGACACACGGAGGAUGAAGAGACGAGCGAUACGCUUCUAGGCGGCAGACGACGCGGCGAGCAGAAGAAGGGAAAAGAGGAAUCAGCGGGGGAGGAGGCGGACGAGGAACUCCGCAGAGAUAGAAGCGCAAGUCGUCAACGCCGGGGACGCAAAGAAAGCGAAAAAGACUCGUCGCAGCCGCCACAGAAGCCCCACGUGGCGCGCCGCACAGCACGAGACAAGAGCGCGGGCUCCGACGUUGCUAAGAAUGAGGCGGCGAAGCCGAAGAAGACCGAAGAGGCUGCAGGGGCUAGGCGACGACGCCAAGAGGAGUUCGAGGUCUCCUUCCUCUCCUCUGCAGAAGAAGAGGCGUGGGCGUCCACGCCACAGGAAACCGAAAGCUCUGCAAUGGCCAGCGACGCGUUUGCGAGGAGUACAGACCGACGGCGCGGCGAGCGGGACUGCGAGAAGGCGAGAGGCGAGGACGAGGCGGACGCAAAAGCGGAGGAAGGCGCUUCUGCACUGUACGGAGUCAACGACUUGGAAAGCGACUCGAACCAAGACGACGACGCAGGCCUCUCCGUGGAGCGCUCGGACGACACAAGCAGCGGCUUUGGAUCGUCGUCGACCAGUGAAGAAGACGGCGAGGAGGAGGAAGACGAGGAGGACGAGGAUGAGGACGGAGACGAAGACGAAGACGACGAGGCGCACACCACCACCGAGUUCGAGGUCGGCUUCGCCGACGCCUCCUCUCUCGUCCUUGACCGCCCUCCACCCUCAGCGCGCGUCCUCUUUGCUUCGCCCGACAUCACGACUCUCUUCGCGUCGUCGUCCUCAAGGGUGCGGUCGGCGGCUUCAGGGCACGCGAAUGCCUCAGCCGCUUCUUCGUCUGCACUCUCGGGAGGAGACAGCCGGACGAGUCCGCAGGGGGUGCGGCGUCUCAUCUCCGUCGGACCUGCGACCGACGUCUCGUCUUCAGCGUCUUCAUUCGAGGCGGCCGUGUCGUCACGGCUGUUUCCGCCGUACGUGGCGGACGUGGGGUCGGGGGGCGGCGCGUGGCGGCGCGAAGAGGGCGACACAACAAAGAAGCGAGACAUCCAGCUGUUCGUGGACGGCACAGCCGUCCCCUCGCACAUGACGCUCACCGAGGCGCUCUGCCGGUACCGGCGCUGCUUCCCGUCCGCCAGGGUGGUGCGGCGGCCGCGGUCCUCCGCCUUCAGUGCGCGCGCUGUAGAGCAGCGGAGUGCGCGGAGCCGCACGCGAGACGGUCGCAGGCAGUGCCCUAAGCCCGCCACGGCUGAGCAGCGGGAGGAGGCGCCCCUGCGCAGCGCGGCGCGCGACGGGCGAGGCAACGAGCCGCAGCAGGACGCCGAGGCGGCGCGGCGAGGAGGAAACGCAAACGCCGAUGAACACGGCGCCAAAACGCAGUUGGCGUCUUCGUUUGUAGGAGCGUGCUGCCCGGCUUCGUGUGCAAAGCCCGAGGGCAGCCGCGCCUCUGCCGACGCGGCGCGAGGACCGGUGGUGCAUCGCGGAGGCGUUGCAGCGCCCCCCAGGGAAAGCUCGAAUGCGGAGUACGCCGUCGUUGACCUCAGUGCCCGGUUUCUCGUCGCCGCGGACGCAGAUCUUUUGACGCUCCCCUGCCAGCAGAACGGGGGCAGCAAGCCCCUCGGCUUCCGCGCGUCUGCGCCGGAGGGGGGGGGCGAGGACGAAGCGCCUGAAGAGGACGUGUACCUGCCGCUGUGGGAUUUGCGGCAUGUGGUGGAGUAUGAAGUCCUCGAGGCGCAGGCAUACGGGGCAGGGGCGAAGGCCAGCGAAAGAGCCGCGGAAAAAAGACAAGCAGGCACGCCGCAGGCCGCGUCUGCGCCUCUUCCCGCCUCUCGCGUCCCUUCUUCCUCCAGGGUCUCCUUGUCUCUCUCGUCCUCUUCGACGUCUUCGGAGUUCGCCACGGGGGGGCGUGAUGGCGGCCGCGCAGGAGAGAGGAAAGAACGGCACUGCGACGCAGGGUUCCUGCUCGCUCAGGAGAGGCGGGCGCAGGAGCUGCUGGAGGGGCGCGCCUCGCCUCUUUUGUGCACGGUGGUCGACUCCGUGUUUGGCUCCAGUCGUCUUCUUCAGGACUUGCGCUCCUUCGCCAAGGUGACCUGUCCCUCGCGGCCUGCGUCUUCCGCGUCGUCUUCUUCGACUGUGGCCCGCGCGGGCGUAGGGGCGCCCCUGUCUUCGCCGGCUGAACUGCGUUCGCUUUCCUCUGCGUCUGGGGUUCCUGCGCUGGAGCCCCUCUGCAGCACGCCUGAGCGGCGGAAGCGCGUCAAGGAGGAGCUCAGGCCGGCGCUGCUUUCUGCGACCGCGAGACAAGGAGACGUGGGGCCUCGCACAUGGCCACUUGUGGCACCGGGCAGCCAGGAGAGUUCGUUAGUCUCGGCUUUUGAGGACGCUGUCUCGUGCAUGGCCUUCCUGCGCGGCUCGCUCGCUGCACCACCGCGGCAGGACAUCCUGCUCUGCGCAGGCUCCGACGAGGCUGCGGAGCUGGUCUACUUGCGGGCGAGGAGUCUGGCGCGCGGCGCACCGCGAGACACAGCUGCAGAUCUGACGGCGGCGUCGCCCGAGUUCGCAUUUGCAGGCGAGGCUUUCUCAGCGUCCCCCGCUUCUGCGGGCUCAAGGGAGGAGACCCCUUGCGGUUGGAUGGCGUGUGAGGGAGGGGAUCGCUGGGUGACGGGGGGAGGCCGGCGGAACUUGUUUGGGCAUGGUGGCAGUUUGGGCGACAUCUUUGGCGCGGACAAGACUGCGGCGUCGUUGGUAUUCCUCCUGACGCUGCUUCACCAUCUUGUUUACGCCCUCCGGCGCAUGCAGCUGGAGCGCGCCUUCGUUGCGUUUGCUCACGACACCGCUGCGUUUGCCUCCCAGCUUCGGGCUGCGUCCCCCUUGUCGGGGUCUUUAGCUUCGCCGCUCGGCUCGGGAAAGCGACUCAGUCGCCCACCUGCGACGCCCGCGCAUGAGGGCGCCUCUCAGCGUUUCUCUGGCGCCUCGGAGUCCAGCAAGGGACGGACCAGGCGGCGCCGGGGGACGCAGGACUCGACCUCGUCGUCGGCGUCGCUCGCAUCUUCGCGGUCCUACAAGAGCGCACCGUCUCUCAUUCGGCUGUCUGAAGCCCAGCUCGGUCGUUUCUUCACCAACAGCGCCCUGUCGCUCAAGCUCCUUCAAGUCCUUUCCGACCCGGCUCUCGUCGUCAGCCUCUGUCCGCCGCUCUGGGUGUCGCGACUUCUGCGAGGGUGCUCCUUUCUCUUCCCCUUCUCUGCGCGCAUGCUGUACGUGUUUCAAACUUUUCUCGGAUUGAAUCGAUCUCUCUGCUGCUAUGGCCAGCGUCUCCGCGACGCGAUGGACACGGUCGCUGCCCGCGGAGCCGCAGGCAGCGGCUCCAGCCUCGCCUCCUCGCGCGGCGGCGGCACCUCCGGCGCCAGAUUCGCCUCCCUCGCCCUGCCCCCCGCGAGCCCGCUCGUUGCCGCAGGCGGCGCGACUGCGGUCGGCGGCUACGGCGCCGCGGACCCAACCAGCCGCGCCCUGAUGGCGACGCUCGCCGCGCGCAUCUUCUCGCAGAUCGAAGGCAGUCGGCGACAGCAACAGAGUUUCGUCGCGAACCUGGAGACGGCUGUCGCUCUGCCGCGAACAAAGGUGAAAAUUCACCGGACUCGCAUUCUCGACAGCGCGUUCAAGGUCAUGGAGCACUUCCAUUCUCUUCUCUAUAGCUCCAAGAACGGCAGUCUCGCUUCUCAGCAGCAGCCUCUGCUGGAGGUCGAGUAUUUCGGCGAGGAGGGCGUCGGCUCAGGCCCGACCAUUGAGUUUUAUUCCGAGGUCUUGGAGGCGAUCCAAACGCACUCUGCACCUCGCCUCUUCCGAGAUGUGAGCAGCGACGGCUGCUUCUUCCCCUUCCCGUAUUCGGUCGACCUGUCUCGACUGGCGCCUGCUCUUCUCUCGAAGCCGUUGUCCUCCUCCCUCACUUCGUCUUCGGGCGCGGCAGCCAGCAUGACGUCUGCGAUGUCACCGUCUUCUUCUCCAGUCCGCCCGAGUGCGCACCCUUCGCCCCGCUCUGCCUCCGCGUCGUCCUCGCUGUCCGCGGCGGUGCCUCCGCCCUCUUCCGCCACUCCCUCGCGGCCGACGCCGCGAAAGGCGCCGGAGGGCGGAAACGCGGAGGCGCGUCGUCGCGCAGGGAGAGAGGGCAGAGCAAGCGGCGAAGGACACGGGACGGACGAGGCAGAGGGCCUCGCGUCGAGUCCGUCCUCGUCGAGGGGGUCAGCGACGCAAGGCGGAGCCGCACGCGACGCCAGCGCCGCUCCGGCGCCCACGCCGCGAGGAGAGAGCGGCGACGCUGAGGCCGCGGCAGGCCGCCAGUUUGAGCGACCUGAUCGGACGCCGCGGGCCUCGCAGGCAAACGCGUCCAGCGGGGAUGCCGCUAUUGCGUCGUCGUCGUCCUUGGUGGUGAGUGCGGCGUCGUCCGUAGAGGAAAAAGUCUUUCUGCUGUUCAAACUGCUGGGGCAGGUGGCAGCCAAGGCGCUCCUCGACGGAAGAAGCUGCACGAUCGACCUGCGCCUCCACCCGGCGUUCUGGCAGCUUGCCUUGCAGAGAGAGAGCUGCACCUGCGGAGCGUGCUCGGGGGCACUGCAGCCCAAGAGGGAGCACGGACAAGAUCCAGGCAGCGGCCGCGGCGUGGCUGGCGGCCAAGCCCGCGAGGCAGCGGACGCGAAAAAGAACAAGAGAGGGGCGCGACCCGCGCCGCUGGACGGCGACGGGCUCGGGCGGGGAGCGCGAAGGCAAACGAGGGCGCUGGCUCGAAGGCAGAAGGAGCAGGCGAGCCAGAUGAAGCGAGCCGCGGAGAGCAGGGGCGGCGAAGAAGAGAAGGAAGCAGCGGGCAGGCCGUGCCGCGCCUGCCUCAAGACUCAGGCUUUGGGACUCGCAGACCUCAACGACGUCGACGAGCAACUCGCGAGAAGCAUGCAACGCCUGCUCCUGUAUCGAAGCGAGGGAAACGAAGUGGAGGACUUGGCGCUGGUUUUCGUGCUUCCUGGCACCGACAUCGAGCUCGUGGAAGGAGGAAGCAACCUCGCGGUGUGUAACGGAAAUCUCGACUUUUACAUACGUCGUGUCAUUCAGGUUGUCCUGUUGGAAGGCAUUCUGCUGCAGGCUUACGCUUUCCGGUUCGGAUUCAGCACGCUCGUCCCGCUCUCGAGCUUGUCGCUCUUCUCACCGCAAGAAAGAGCUCAUCUGGUCUUUGGUGGGGGCGGCAGAAUCGGCGACAGCCGCUUUUGGAAUAUUGAGCACCUCCGCGCCCAUAUCGUGCCCGACCACGGGUUCACUGCGUCGAGUGCGACGUACGUUUCCUUCUUGGAAGUUUUGACCGAGUUCUCCGUCGACGAGCGACGCCGCUUCCUCCGCUUCGCUACAGGCACGCCGGUCCUGCCGCAUGGCGGAUUUGCUGCUCUUCGGCCUUUGAUGAAAGUGGUUCGCAAGCCCCAGGAGAGCGGAUCGGAAGGCGCCACGAGCGAUGACGUUCUUCCGUCUGUCAUGACAUGCACUAAUUACAUAAAGCUGCCAGAUUACUCCAGCAAGCGCGUCCUGCGUCUGCGUCUCGUUGUCGCCAUGACUGAAGGCCAGGGAGCGUUCACGCUUUCCUGA